CCCAGAAAGGCCGAACUAAUUUGGCGAUCUUCAUCGGAUCUCUUUCUUUCGUCGAAUCUUUUCUGCUGAAUGGACCUCAUAAAACUCAUCAUUGUUAUUUUUCUUACCUUACAUGAUAGUUAGAUAUAGUUUCAGAGGUUGAUUCCCACCUUGAUUUCAACUCUCUCUGGAAUCAACGAUUUGUGGUUUGACAGAUUCCGAGAAAUUAGGGUUUAGGGUUCUGUCGGUUGAAAUUUGAUCCUCAUAGAUGUUCAAAAAAAUUUAGGGUUCGGGUAUUAAGAUUUCAAUUGAAUCUAAUCCUUUUAUCAGAAUUUAGGGUUGGGUGAGAUUUUCCAAGAAUGUCUGUCUUCAGUGAUCAAUUCAAUGGGCCCGUCAGGCGUACGGAAGACGGACUCAUAGACAUGGCCAUAUAUCGGCUGGACUCUGAAACAGGCUUGCCCUAUUUCCUUUCACCAACUCUAUUACCGACGGAUUUAUAUCCGGCGAAUGUAUUGGAGGAACAUCAAACAUACUUGCCCUCUGCACCAUCUCCUGACCACGAUGAUGACCUUGUACCACGGUCGCCCUGCAUAACACUUUUUCCCAUUUCUGAGCCUCCUCCACCAUCGUUUAUACUGGAAUCUCGAAGAAUUCCUAUAUACGAGAAGAUUACACCUCUGGAUACCGGAAUAGUUACUUCCAUGAUAGUCAAUUCCACUCGCGACUUCGAAGCAAGGGUUCAGUAUAAUGAGGUUGAGAAGAAACGUUUCUCGACUAUGAUUGUAACCCUCUGCAGGUUUAAGCCGCCGCAAACUCCAGAGGAGGUGGAAGGCGACCUAUGUGCGGCCUUUGACAGACUUUCCGUGGAUGAUUUCUUCAAAGGUGACAUGCCCGAUUGGGUGCCUGAGGAUACACUAACUGCCAGUGAUAAUCUGCAAUACUACGAGAUGAAAGAAUCAGAGGUGGAAGAAUACAAGAAAUGGCUUCAUCUGUAUGCGGAACUUGCAUUCUUUACCACUUGUGGACGUUUCCUGGAAAAAGUGCAGUGGGCACAGCCAUUUGAGCUGAGAAAGAUAAUUGUACAAACCAGAGAAGAUGUGGAGUCGAAGAAGUGGGCCAAGGCGGAGAAUGCAAUCUUCUACAUUGCCUUCAAAAGCCGUGGCUCCCGUCGAGACUACAAUGCUAUCAUAAGGAGAACAAUGGAUGGAACGCCAGAGCAUAUGUCGCUUGAAGUCAAGUGUUUCAAGAUGUGAAAGUCCACCAUUAUGUAUCAAGUAUCAUACAGUCCCAUUAUGUAUUUAAGUAUCGUAUCGAUCUGAGGUCUUUCUUUAAAAAAGUACUAUGGAGCGU